AUGUAUUCCUUCAUGGAUAGUUUUUCAGGAUACAACCAGAUAAAAAUGGCUCUAGAGGAUAAGGCGAAAACAACUUUUGUCACACCUUGGGGGACAUACUACUAUAAGGUCAUGCCCUUUGGUUUGAAGAAUGCAGGAGCAACCUAUCAAAGAGCAAUGGUGACUCUAUUCCAUGACAUGAUACAUAAGGAAAUUGAGGUGUAUGUAGAUGAUAUGAUUGCCAAGUCUAAAAAGGGAGAGGAUCAUGUUGAAGUUUUAAGGAAGUUAUUUAAGAGGUUGAGGAAGUAUGAAUUAAGGCUUAAUCCUACAAAAUGUUCAUUCGGAGUUAAAUCAGGUAAGCUGAUAGGAUUUAUGGUAAGUGAUAGAGGUAUAGAGGUGGAUCCAGAUAAAAUAAGGGUCAUUCAAGCUAUGUCGUCCCCUAAAACGGAGAAAGAAGUAAGAGGAUUCUUGGGAAGGUUAAACUACAUUGCUCGGUUUAUAACUCAGCUAACAACAACAUGCGAACCUAUAUUCCGACUAUUGAGGAAAAAGAAUCCUGGAACUUGGAAUGAGGAGUGUGAGGAAGCAUUUAAUAAAAUCAAACAUUAUUUGCAAAAUCCAUCUUUACUAGUUCCUCUAGUAUCAGGAAAAUCUCUGGUAUUAUAUCUAACGGUAACCGAAGUAGCCAUGGGAUGUGUAUUGGGUCAGCAUGAUGAAACUAGAAGGAAGGAAAGAGUUAUUUAUUACUUAAGUAAGAAACUCAUCGAAUGUGAGUUUAGAUACACUGAGAUAGAAAGGCUCUGUUAUGCGCUGGUUUGGGCGGCAAAGAGACUACGACAUUAUAUGUUAUACUAUACCACUUGGUUAAUUUCAAAGGUGGAUCCUCUGAGGUAUAUUUGUAACAAGCCCUUUCUUUCAAGCCGAAUUGCAAGGUGGCAGGUUUUAUUAGCAGAAUAUGACAUAGUGUAUAUGACCAGGAAAGCUGUAAAAGGGAGUGCAAUCGCAGACCAUCUAGCUGAUAAUGCUGUUGAAGAUUACGAACCUUUGGAUUUUGAUUUCCCCGAUGAAGAUAUAUUGUCAAUAGAAAAAGAAGAAGAGAAGACAGAUUGGUGGACCAUGUUUUUUGAUGGGGCAGUGAAUGUAUAUGGUAAUGAGGCUGGUGCGGUAAUAAUCGCUCCCAAUAAGAAACAAUAUCCGGUUUCAGUUAAACUGCACUACGAGUGCACCAACAAUACAGUUGAGUAUGAAGCUUGUAUCCUUGGUUUAGAAGCGGCAUUGGGGCUAAAGAUAAAAAAGAUAGAUAUAUAUGGGGACUCAAUGUUGAUUAUCUGUCAGGUUAAAAGGGAAUGGCAGACCAAGGAAGAAAAUUUAAGGCCCUACCAAGAAUAUCUAUCCACACUAGCAAAGGAAUUUAAAGAGAUUAAAUUCACUCAUCUAGGAAGGGAGGGGAACCAUUUUGUGGAUGCUUUGGCCACGCUAGCUGCUAUGACUACCAUUGAUCUCAAAUACAAGGUACAACCUGUACAUAUUGAUAUUAGAAACGACCCAGCUCAUUGUUGCUUAGUUGAAGGAGAAAUAGACGGAAAGCCUUGGUAUUACGAUAUCAAGAAUCUUAUGCAGAAUCAUGAAUAUCCGGUGGGAGCUUCUAAAACGGAUAAGAAAACCUUGAGAAGGCUGGCUAUAGACUUCUAUUUAAAUGGAGAUAUUUUAUACAAAAGAUCAUUUGAUGAAACCUUGCUAAGGUGUUUGAAUGAGACAGAUGCUAGAAAGGUAUUGCGAGAGGUCCAUGAAGGAAUUUGCUCAACUCAUGCUAGCGGGCAUAUGAUAGCAAGGAAAAUACAAAGGGCGGGUUAUUUUUGGAUGACAUUGGAGAAAGAUUGCAUCGAUUAUGUCAGGAAAUGUCACAAGUGUCAAGUUUACAGUGAUAAGGUCAAUACAUUGCCAACUCUAUUAUUUAAUCUAAUAUCUCCCUGGCCAUUUGCAAUGUGGGGGAUUGAUGUAAUCGGUCCUAUUAACCCAAAAGCUAGCAAUGGGCAUAGAUUCAUCCUUGUGGCUAUUGACUACUUCAUAAAAUGGGUGGAAGCAAAUUCGUAUGCCUACGUAACACAGAAGGUAGUGAAGAGGUUUGUAGAAAAGGACUUGAUUUGUCGAUAUAGUCCUCCAGAAAAGAUAGUGAUCGAUAAUGCACAGAAUUUCAAUGGCAAAAUGAUAGUGGAGUUGUGUACCAAAUGGAAGAUCAAGCAUUUGAAUUCCUCGCCAUAUUGGCCAAAAAUGAAUGGAGUAGUAGAAGCCGCCAACAAGAACAUAAAAAAGAUUAUUCAGAAAAUGGUGGUCACAUAUAGAGAUUGGCAUGAGAUGUUGCCAUUUGCUCUCUAUACAUACCGCACUACUGUCAGAACCUCGACAAGGAUUACCCCAUAUUCUCUGGUGUACGGUAUGGAAGCAGUGAUGCCAUUGGAAGUAGAAAUCCCGUCGUUGAGAGUAUUGAUGGAUUCCGAACUAGAAGAGGCUGAGUGGGCUAAAGUGAGAUAUGAACAACUGAACCUGAUCAGCGAAAAGAGGAUAGCUACAAUAUGUCAUCAUCAACUUUACCAGAAACACAUGGCCAAGGCAUAUGAUAAAAAGGUUAGACCACGGGUAUUUCAAGAAGGGGAUCUAGUGUUGAAGAAAAUAUUGUCAUUACCCAGAGAAGAUCGAAGCAAAUGGUCACCAAAUUACUAG